CUCUCAUUACCGUCAGGUGCCUCUGACCCCUCUGUCUAGUUUGAAAUAUAGCCUUCGUACAUCCAUGCGUGUAGCUUCAUCUUCUAUCAACGCAGUUUGGCGCCCGUUUCAUGUACUUUUUUUAUUCGACGAUGCCCCUGAGUGCUUCAAAUUUGGUGACAAUACUCUCACAUAACCUCUCUUGCGGUCGUCAUACCAAGUGUCUGGGAGAAGAUGGGUUGGGCCGAAAAAACCAAUAUGGCGGUAGCGAAGAGUGUAGUCGGCCGGCGAUUUAGACUUGAGUUUUCGGGCCACAGGUUCGAACGAAAGGGAACAAGAUUCCUCACGGAAGUAAGAGCCGGGCUCGCUACGUUCUUCGCCAUGGCAUACAUAAUCUCUGUGAAUGCCGGUAUAGUCUCGCAGACCGGAGGCACAUGCGUCUGUACUUCAACGACGGAUUCGCUUUGUAAGGAUGAUCCGCCAUAUUUGCAGUGCGUUCAGGAGAUAAAUCUCGACCUUGUCACCGGAACAGCGGCAAUAUCAGCAAUCAGCAGCUUUGCUAUGGGCCUUUUCGCGAACAUGCCCAUCGCUCUGGCACCUGGGAUGGGCAUUAACGCCUACUUUUCGUACCAAGUGGUUGGUUUCCACGGCGAAGGCUCUGUCUCCUACCAGUUGGCUCUGACAGCUGUAUUUGUUGAAGGGUUAAUAUUUGUUGGGUUGACCUUGCUGGGAAUUCGCCAAUGGCUUGCGAGGUCAUUGCCUGCGAGCUUGAAGAUUGCUGGCGGAGCUGGAAUUGGCCUGUAUUUGGCACUGAUUGGAUUAACAUAUGAGGCUGGAAUAGGGGCAAUAACAGGAGGAACAGCGGAUCCGCUACAACUCGCAGGCUGUGUCCCUAAACUGCGUGACGCUGUCACUGGUGUCUGUACUGGAGAGAAAAUGCGAAAUCCAACUAUGUGGCUUGGUAUCUUCUGUGGGGGAUUAUUUACGGCCUUUUUAAUGAUGUACCGAGUCAAGGGAGCUCUUUGCUUCGGAAUCCUGCUCGUAUCAAUCAUUUCUUGGCCACGAAACACCGCCGUGACAGCUUUUCCAGAUACAGAACUGGGCAACUUGAGUUUCGACUAUUUCAAGAAGGUUGUCUCAUUUCGACCUCUCAAGCAUAUCUUAGCCGUGCAAGACUGGCACAACGGGGGGGGACAAACUAAAGACUUUAUGGUGGCGUUAAUGACUUUCCUCUAUGUGGAUAUCUUGGAUUGCACGGGAACCCUAUAUUCUAUGGCUAGAUUCUGUGGCGCAAUUGACGAAGAUACACAAGAUUUCGAAGGAUCCGCGGUGGCAUAUCUCGUUGAUGCUUCGAGCAUUUCGAUAGGGUCACUAUUGGGGAUUCCGCCGGUGACCGCAUACAUCGAGUCUGGGGCUGGUGUAUCUGAGGGAGGAGCUACCGGGAUGACUGCCUGCAUAACCGGACUUUGCUUUUUUAUCUCCUUGUUUUUUGCACCUAUUUUUGCCAGCAUACCCUCGUGGGCAACAGGUUGUACUCUGAUGCUUGUGGGGGCGAUGAUGACACGCGCUGCUGUUGAUAUAAACUGGCGAUAUAUUGGGGACUCUGUGCCCGCCUUCUUGACAAUGGCAAUUAUGCCAUUUACUUAUUCCAUUGCUUAUGGAUUGAUAGUCGGAAUUAUCAGCUAUAUCAUACUUAACGGUUCUGCUUGGAUAUUAAGCUGGGUGACUAAUGGCGGCAUCGUUCCUUACGAUUAUGAUCAGUCUGACUAUUGGAGUCCAAGGCCUGUUGGUGGCAUCCUUCCAGGUUGGCUCAAGCGGCUUGCACGGGGGAAACGGGACUUCUGGAGAGAGUAUGACUACGAUGACCAAAUAGAGCAGGGCAACAGACACCAUGAUAGCUUCCCCACAAGCGACCAAUACACGGUCUCCGAGUCACUCGAACGAAAGGCCAGUGCUUCCGGCGCUUCGGGGGUGGUAGAAACUGACCUCAGCACGCCCGCCAUGGCUCGACUUCGUGAUAGUAUUACUAUUGCCACGAAACCAGUAACUGGGUCAUCCGUUUCUGAGAAGUAUUGA